CCUGAAAGGGCGGGCGUCUGACCUCAGCAUCCCAAACGGGAAGGCGGUGAAGUCCAAGAGGACCCGUAAAGGACACGGUCGAUCACAAGAGUUCCCAAGGCCGAUGCGGCGAUAACUCUCGGACGUGAUGUUUGUUCACUUGUCACUCUCUCUUCCUCCCGCCUUUGAUAUUAGAAACCGACUUUCCCCUCAAGGAACUUGACUGACUCCAAGAGGACAUGCUUCUGGGGACCCUGACCUAAUCUGUUCCUGUUCCUACUUCCUUUGUACCGUGAUCCUCCCUGUCCGGUCAGGAACUAAACUCGUCUUGUUACACAUUGUUGUGCCGAACAGGUCCUGGUUCCUUGUUCGCCAUCACUUCUGCCCAUCACGGGCGACCGUGUCUUUUUGCUUGAACACAUUGCAUCAUGUCGACGGACUACAACUAUGAUGAGAAGGGGCAAUUCUUCCCGUUCUUCGUCCUGACCAUCGCCGGUCUGGUCACGUUCCCUUUAACAUACAAUCUUCUGAAGCCGAGCAAGGAGCUCGAAAACACCGCGCCCCGAAUAAAGUCAGAUUUCACGCCCGAGCAUGGCGAUCUUAUCGACACGCAGAAGCGGAAACGCCUGCGCAAGGAGCGCCGCAUAAAGCGCAUUGUUACCGUGAUUCUGGGCUAUGCCACCAUUGCGUGGAUGAUCUAUCUCAUUGUUGUCACUGCCCGGACGGUGGACAAAGUCUGGGAUCCAUAUGACAUCUUGGGUAUUUCGCGGAGCGCCGAUGAAAAAGCCAUCUCCAGGCAUUACAAGCGUCUCUCGCUCAUCUUCCAUCCUGACAAGAUUAGACCGGACCCUGCCAAGAAUGAGACGCUUGAGACGCUGAAUGAUCGAUUCGUGGAACUCACCAAGGCCUACAAAGCGCUGACGGAUGAGGAGGUGCGCAAUAAUUACAUCCAAUUUGGCCAUCCCGAUGGCAAGCAGAGUUUCAGCAUCGGAAUCGCCCUGCCCAAGCUUAUCGUCACCGAGGGGAACGGAAAGUAUGUCUUGCUGGUUUACGGAGCUCUGCUGGGUGUGCUUUUGCCUUAUAUCGUCGGACGCUGGUGGUACGGCUCGCAGCGGUACACGAAGGAGCGUGUUCUCGUCGCCAGUGCUGGAAACAUUUUCCGCGAGUACAAGGAGGACAUCCUCGAGCCGGGCAUCGUCAAGGCCCUGUCGUCGGGCGAUGAGUUCAAGGAGAUGCUUAAGGGCCCGCAAAGUGACGCUGGGUUAGCCAAGCUGGAACAGAAGGUGCUCGCUGAGGAUAACAAGUUUCUCUCGGCUCAGGACCGCAAAGCCCUCAAAGAAUUGGAUGACUCCAGUCGGCGCAAGGCCCUGGCGUUGCUGUGGGCUUAUCUGGGCCGCAUUGAUCUCGAAGAUACUGUCUUGAACGGGGAGAAGUUCGAAGCUGCCCCCAUUGCCCUGUCUCUCAACGAUUCCUUCACGGCCAUCUCGCUCGGGUUUGGCAACCUGCGCCCCAUCCUGAGCGCUUUCCACACGUCGCAGGAGUUGAUCCAAGCCGUGGCCCCCGGUUCGUCGCCGCUCCUGCAACUGCCCCACUUCACCGACGCUGUUGUCAAGUCCAUCGAGGGCGCCGACGCUAAGAGCCAUACCACCGUGCAAAGAUAUAUGGACAUGCCCGAGGACAAGCGGCGCAACCUCACGGUCGGGGCCGGUCUCCUGUCCGACAAGGAAUACACGAGCGCCAUCCAGGUGGCCAAGCAACUCCCGGUUCUCGACGUGUCCAAGGCCUUCUUCAAGGUCAUGGGCGAAAAGGUCAUCACCCCCAGCAGUCUAGUCCAACUGGUUGUCAAGGCGCGGUUCGUCCCGCCCGGUUACAGCAACGCCCCCGCCGUCAACCCCCUGGAUCUGGAAGACAUCGACCCGGAUGAGGACGACAUUGAUGCGCUGAUGGGCCGCAAGCCUGCCAAGAACAAGGCCACCAAGACCGCCGACGGCAAGAAGACUGAUAAGAAGGCGGAUGCCAUCCAGCCCCCGCUUGCUCACGCCCCCUAUCUGGCCCGCGACCACGCCCCGCGCUGGCACAUCUUCCUGGCUGACGCCCGGCAAGGCAAGAUGGCCGUGCCUCCGUUUACCUUCACUACGUUCGACAAGCCCCUGUUUGACGAGGCUGGCAAGCCCACCUUCAACGUCCAGACCCUCAAGAUGCAGUUCCAGGCGCCUCCGCAGGUCGGGGACUUCCACUUCGUCCUGCAUAUGCUCUGUGACAGCUACCUCGGACUCGACACGAAGCUGGACAUCACCCUGCACAUCGACGACCCGGCCAAGGCCGCCGCCUUGGACGACGAGGACGAUAUUAGCGAGCCUGAUGAAGACUCCAUCGCCGGCCAAAUGCACGCGCUCAAGACGGGUCAAGCCCCCAAGAAGAAGCCGCGCAAGCCGUCGGACGACUCCAGCGAAGACGAAAGCGAUACGGACGGCGACGCGGGAGACACCAGUGAUACCAACACCGAGACUGACGUCGAGGACUAAAGCAAUCUUAGAAAAUCAUUUAUUUGAAAGGUACAACCGAAGAACAGGAAAAGAGGGGAAGCACCGUCCUGUACAUUUAUAAAUUACCCCAAGCCAACCUAUAAUCUAGGAAUGGAUGAGCGAGUCAGCUAGCUAGCUUUUUAUUUUUACUUUUUUUGAUGGAAAAUGACCGAUUUGAUUGCCUGUUCUUUCUCCCCCCCCCCCCC